UUGUAUUUCAUUUUACGUUCGACACGUCAGAAUAUUUAAUUUUAUUCAAUUAUUUGCACAGUUGCCGAAUCAGAACAAAAGAAACCCUCAGGCACGCGCUUAGAGACAACAGUUGCAGCCAUGAAGUGCAAGCAAGCACACAAUCUGUCCUUGCUGGGCUUGGCUUUGGUUGUUUCCAUCGCGAUUUCGGCGGUGACAGCUUUACCCGUGACGCAAAACAAAAAGACGGACCCCAAGGAGGCUGAAUCCAGCAGUACCCCCGCCACAGCUGACGUGGAGACGGCACUGGAGUAUGAGCGCUAUCUAAGAGAAGUCGUCGAGGCUCUAGAAGCUGAUCCCGAGUUCCGCCAGAAAUUGGACAAAGCCCCGGAGGCAGACAUACGUAGUGGCAAAAUAGCUCAAGAGCUGGACUAUGUGAAUCAUCAUGUAAGAACCAAGCUUGACGAAAUAAAGCGACGAGAGUUGGAGCGUUUGCGUGAACUGGCAAAUCAGGCCUACGAGCUGAGUAACGACAUCGAUCGAAAACAUCUGAAGGUGCCUCUGCAUUUGGAUCACGACAAUGAGCACACUUUCGAGAUAGAAGAUUUGAAAAAGUUAAUUCAGAAAACCUCGGAUGAUUUGGCCGAGGCGGAUCGCAAGCGUCGUGGGGAUUUCAAGGAGUACGAAAUGCAAAAGGAGUUCGAGCGCGAGGCUCAGAAGAAGGAAAUGGAUGAGGCGUCACGUAAGAAGUUCGAAGAGGAACUCAAACAAAAGGAGGAGAAGCACAAGGAUCAUGGAAAACUGCAUCAUCCUGGCAACAAGGCUCAACUGGAAGAGGUCUGGGAGAAGCAGGACCACAUGGACAAGAAUGACUUUGAACCCAAGACCUUCUUCUCCAUCCACGACGUGGACAGCAACGGCUACUGGGAUGAGGCUGAAGUGAAGGCCCUGUUUGUCAAGGAGCUGGACAAGGUCUACCAAAGUGAUCUCCCCGAGGACGAUAUGCGCGAAAGGGCUGAGGAAAUGGAGCGAAUGCGUGAGCAUUAUUUCCAGGAGACCGACACCAAUCACGAUGGCUUGAUCAGCAUCGAGGAGUUCAUGAUGCAAACAUCGAAGGACGAGUUCCAGAAAGAUCCCGAAUGGGAGACCAUCGACCAACAGCCGCAAUACACUCACGAGGAGUAUCUGGAGUAUGAGCGCCGCCGUCAGGAGGAAGUUCAACGAAUGAUUGCCCAGGGACAACUGCCGCCCCAUCCAAAUAUGCCUCAAGGCUACUAUUCAGCGCCGCCACCCGGCGGUGUGGCCUACCACCCGCCAAAUGGACAACUACACUACCAACAGCAAGAUCAACAGCACGCGCAACAGCAGCAACAAUAUGCCCAGCAGCAGCAGCAAUACGCGCAGCAGUACCAACAGCAGCAAUACGGGAAUGGACAACCCGUCCAAUUGCACCCCAAUCAGGUCUAUCAGCAUGCCGGACAGAUCCCACAACAGCAGCCUGUCUAUCAGCAGCCACAACCUGUUCAAUAUCAACAACAACAGCAGCCCGUGCAGCAACAGCAGCAGCCCGUGCAGCAACAGCAACAGCCCGUGCAGCAACAGCAGCAGCCCGUACAGCAACAGCAGCAGCCCGUGCAGCAACAGCAGCAGCCCGUGCAGCAACAGCAGCAGCCCGUGCAAUAUCAGCAGCAACAACCUGUUCAGCAACAGCAGCAGCCAGUGCAGCAGCAGCAACAACAACCUAUCUAUCAACAACAGCAGUCCGGAAACCAGCAAUCGGCACCACAACAACAGCAACAACAGCAGCAACAGCCUGUGCAACAACAACAGCCCCAAGCUCAGCAAUUGAAUAAUCAAAGCCCGCCACCUGUACAGAAUCAGCAGCUUCCGGUACAGCAGCAACAGAAAGAGCAUAAACAAAAUCAACCAAUACCACAGCAGCAACACUAAACAUUCCUUGGAUGGCGCAUUUGGCAUAGAAAACGUAUAGAAAUUUAAUUAAAUUUUUGGUUGAUUCUGAGACCACUGAUCGGACUGAAAUAGCAACACACAAAACAAUAUCUCACUAUGAUAAUGUGGCAAAAAAAAAAUAACAAUCGAUUGUCGAAGCGGCUGCCACAUUGUCUUUCCAUUGUACUAGUAAAUCUUUCUUUUUUAUA